AUGGAGAAGUUUGGAGUCCCGUUCCGAAGUAUAGUUCAAUCCAGCACUAAUCCAUUAAUAAUGCGGCAUUAUCCAUUGAAAAGCACUACCAUCUAUAAACCAAGAACGCAGAUUUUUGACAAAAUGGCAGCCAGUAAUUAUUUUGCUUAUGAUUCGCAUUUCCAUACAUCUUUUAAUUUCAAUGACUUGGAAACGGUUCCUAAUAAUAAACCGAUCCCACCAACUAUUCCACCAUUUGUCCCGGCAACAGGACCUCCUAUUCCGAAGACACUAAAUUCUCAACCCGCCCCAGGUUCAACUGAGCCUCCUUCAAGUUCCACUCCAAGUAUUCCAGGAAAUAGCUCUGAAACAGGGAUUGAACCAAAAAAGCCCAAGAAAAGCCUUUGGACUAAGGUUAAAAAUGAAUUACUUCACUAUUACAAUGGAUUUCGGCUUCUUGGUGUGGAAAUUCGAAUUGCUGCCUUCAUGUGUUAUCGACUUCUAAGAGGCGAGAAACUAGGUGACCGUGAGCGUAAUCAGCUCAUUCGAACUUGUGUCGAUCUUGUCCGAUUAGUUCCCUUCCUCGUGUUCAUUGUUGUUCCCUUUAUGGAACUUUUGCUUCCAUUUUAUCUUAAAUUCUUUCCAUUCAUGUUACCCAGUACUUUCAAGGAUAAAGCUGAAGAGGAAAAGAAAAUCAGGAAUAGGCUCCAAUCGAGGAUUAAGAUGGCUAAAUUCCUUCAAGAUACAAUCAUACACACUGCUCAGCUAACAAACUUAUCCGAGGCCAAAGACUUGCCGAGUAUUGAAGAGUUUCAGGCGUUUAUGGCCACCGUCAGAGAGUCGGGGAAAUUGGCAAGAAAUGAAGACAUCUUACGCUUUUCACAUCUAUUUGAAGAUCAUGUUACUCUUGAUGCCCUCACUCAAGCACAACUCGAAGCUUUGUGCAAAAUGAUUGAUAUUCGUCCUUUUGGUGGAACUGGUAUUAUGAAAAUGCAAAUUCAUCGUCAACUUCGUAAACUCAAGGAGCAGGAUAUGGUUUUUCUAUCUAAAGGAAUAGACCAUAUGUUGGAACAAGAGUUACGUCAAGCUUGUCGUAGUCGUGGUAUGCGUACCUUAGAUUUGACGCAGGCUCGUUUGAAAGCUCAACUUAUGCAGUGGGUUGAGUUGCAUGUCGUUAAGAAGGUCCCUGUUUCGCUCCUCUUACUCUCUCGAGCCUUUUAUUUACAAUCUACUACUCUCGAACCGGAAAAGCAAAUUCAAAUGGUCAUUUCCCAAUUGCCUGAGGAAGUUCAAGAUCAUGCUACAGUGAAGGCUGUGUCCGAGUUGCCGGGCAAAGUGGAUCCUGCUACCAAGAUAGAAAUUCUUCGCAAGGAACAGAAGCACAUUGAUGCUCAGCGUAUCGCUGAAAAGGAGGAGAAAAAGGCAGCUGAAGCUGCUUCACAUGAAAUUCUCACUGACAAGGCGGAAGUUCUUGAUUCACACGCCUCGGAGCAACGUCUUAAAUUUGGUAUUGUCUUUCAUGUUGAAUUGCCUUUGUCCAAAAUCUCCAGAGUUUAG